AUGGAGCUUCUCCCGCCUAACCUGCUGACGACCUCCACCCUUAUCCACCCCCUCCUCUUACUCGCCCUGAUACCCAUCUUUCUCGUCACGAUCCUCGUAACCCUUACCUACCUCUACACGACCCUCCGUUACCACCUCGUCCUCCCUCACCACCUCUCUACGACCAACGAUGCCGGCAAACUCUCUCCUCAACCACCCCCACACAUCCCCUAUGCCAUCCCCUUCCUCGGCAGCGCUUUCUCCUUUCUGACCCCCAUCCCCGGUGGCUACUGGAAAGCCCUCUUCGCAUUCCACCCCCGCGCCAGUGGCGCCUGCACAUUGCUCCUCGGCGGGAAAACGACGCAUGUCCUUUUCUCCGCCAACGCGGUGACGCAACUAUUUAAGAGUCGGGGGACAAGCAGAAUGGUUUUCAAUAAGAUGGUGAUGGAGAAGGGGUUUGGUGUAAGCAAAGAGGAGCUAGGGAAGUUUUAUGGGGUCGAUGAUCCGCAGAAUGGUGCGGAGCAUCAGCAGGAUGUGAUAUGGCAGAAUUAUCUGCUGAAGACGGAGGCGGUUGUUGAGUUGUUGGGGGAGUUCUUGGGCGCUUUGCGCCAUGAGUUGGCGGAGGAGUUAAAAGACGGUGGGGUUAAGGAGGUGGAGUUGUACGAGUGGUUACGGAGGCACAUGUUCACGGCGAGCACGGCCACGUUCUUUGGAAAGAGGAUCCUGGAAGUGUACCCGAGGCUGGGAGAGGACUUCUUCGUCUUCGACCGCGAGAUGCUGAGCAUGUUCUUUGGCAUUCCGAGGCUGUUUAUCCCGAAAGCGUACGAGUCGCGGAAAAAGGUCUUAGAUGGCAUGGAGGAGUGGCAUGUGAAGACGAUGGAGGAGUGCAAAAAUAGUCCCGCCGAUCCGGAGACUGUCAAGUGGGAGCCUGCUUAUGGUAGCAGGGCCAACAGGGCGAGACAGCGCUUGUAUGCCCAGCUGGGCUUAACGAUGAGGGGGAGGGCGGCUGUGGACUUGGGGUUUCUGUUCGGUAUCAGUAGCAAUGCGAUUCCAACGGCCGGUUGGAUGUUGAUGCAUAUCCUGGAUCCGAAGGCGGACACGACGCUUUACAGGGACGUCAUGGAGGAGCUCAAGUCCGCCGUGAAUAAAGAUGGGACGCUCAACAUUCCUGAGCUGAUGUCGUUGCCGCUUCUGCAGAGCAUAUUCCACGAGGUUUUGCGGCUGUACGUGGAUGUCCUGGUUACGAGGGAGCUUUUCGAGGACCUUAAUCUACCCAUUGACGACGGGAAGACACGGAUCGCGCUCAUGAAAGGUGGCAUUGUCAUGGCGCCUUCAUGGCUUGGUCAUCGUGACGAAAGUCUCUGGGUCAAUCCCCCUUGCGAAGUCUUCCACGCCCGAAGGUUCCUGAAGGUCGAUCCUGAAACUGGCAAGCCAAUAUUCAGCACGGGAGGGACGGCGGGCAAGUUCUUCCCAUUCGGUGGCGGGAGAUCGAUAUGCCCUGGACGGGUAUUUGCGAAGCAGGAGAUCCUCACGAGUCUGAGUAUGGUGUUACUUGGUUUUGAAUUUGAGGUUCUUGGAUAUGUGGGGGAGAGUGGAAGGAAGAGGGACAGGUUUCCUUCUUUGAGGAAUGGCUAUUCUGGGAGUGGAGUCAUGGUCAUGGGAGGAGAUGUCAAGGUCCGCAUGAAGCGUAUGCAAUAG